AUGGCGUACGAUCAGACACAGAGGCGCGACGAGGUGCCUUGGUCACAAGAAGACAGAGAGUAUAGGAGAAGAGCACCGUUCGCAUUAGCAGUCGUUUGCGAUAGUGGAGCGGAACAGGCAGGGAGGAUAACUUCUCCUGGAUCUGGAUCUGAAGAGUACAUUCAGCAGAGCUGGUCGCCAGUACCCGCGUAUGUCCAGCCUCGCGAGGGCUACUACCACAACAGCAGCUACCAACAAUCUCUCUUGCCAGGACACAACACUGUCAGUAGCAGCGCAUACCAAUAUCGAAUUAGCGCAGUAGCUGUCCCGCAGGAUCGUCCAGUACCAACAUUUGGUUAUCCAACGCCGCAGCCCUAUACUAAUUCGUAUCAAUACGAAAGUACUUAUUCAGCAGCUAGUUACCCAAUGGAUCCAGGGUACACUACCGUAGGACCGGCGCAUGUGUCCCUAUCGCCUUCGUGCCCUGCGCCAAGCUACCAAAGCCCGCAAUAUUCUUAUGCUGCUCCAACGGCGAACGUCUCCGUAUCACCUCCAGACGUCAGAUACUCCAUGCCACUGGUCCAGCCACUAGAGACAUCUCCGAUCGAUGACGAGUAUAGCGUACCCUGUCCGUAUCGCUGUGGCACUGUCUUAACAGGUGUACACGCAUUAGGAAAUCUGACGCGUCACCUCAAGACUCAGGCUUGUGCAGGAUCUAGUCGGGCCAAAGUUCGAUAUCCAUGCCCCAUUGAAGGUUGUGAAAGGCAAUAUGCUCGAUCGGAUGGGCUGAGAGUCCAUAUGCGCAGACGACACGGUGCGCCUCCUCCCGUACCGCGAACCGAUGGCAUCGUGGACGAUGACGAACAAUAG